AUGUUGAUGAAGUACAUACUGAGGUAUUCAAAAGUAAAGGGUUCGGUCAGACUCUCUCCCCCCCCCACCUCCCAUCGCGGCAUCACGGUGGCCUACUGGCGACAGGCUGGACUCAGCUACAUCCGCUACUCCCAGAUCUGUGCAAAAGCAGUGAGGGAUGCACUGAAAACUGAAUUCAAAGCAGGCGCCGAGAAGUCUUCUGGCAGCAGUGUCAAAAUUGUGAAAGUGAAGAAGGAAUAAUGUACCCUCCCUAAAGCUUGAAGUGCUACAUUUUCAAGGUGAAGAUGUGUGGGCACAGGUUAUGCAGAUUGAAAAGAAUCUCACUUCAUGGG